AUGGUCGGGGCACGUAUGAGGGAGGUUUCGCUACAGAAAUAUGUCAGCACGACAAGUGUCCUCUACAGUUAUGGCACGUUAGCUGACGACGUCGAAGAUGAGACCAAACCCUUGAUCCGCCUGAAACAUGUUCAGUUCCACGGCUCAUUCCGUGUGGGCGACGACGGGAUCUGGAGGCUGAGCCGAAACCAGAGCGAGCCCGUAUAUGUGGGCCAGCCCAGCCCAGAGAUCGACCGGGCGUGGGACUCGUUGAUUAUCCCUCGCUUUGCUGGAUUUUAUUCAGACGAAGCUGAAAGACUCGGCCUGGCCUUGAGCGAGGAUGAUUAUGAGCAUGGUCGCGUGUGGGUCGAACCGAGCGGCUAUCACGACUUGCACUGUCUGAAUUAUAUUCGACAGGCGCUGGAUCGUGAGUAUUAUACAGAUAUCGUAUUCGACCGGACAACUCCAGUCAUGCCGGGCAUGGCAGGGGAUCGGCUGCAUCUAGACCAUUGUAUCGAGCUUCUGAGGCAGUCACUUCUGUGCCACAUGGAUCUCACCCCGAUUCCGAAACGGUGGCUCGUGAAUGGGAACAUGCUGCACGCGGAUCAGGAUCAGAUGCAUACCUGCAGGGACGUGGGGCCCAUUCACGACUGGAUUGACGGAAGAUCAAUCUCGAAGAAUCCUGCUUAG